GAGCCUGCGCGGGGCCAGCCAGGAGCGCGUCGGGAGCAGGCGGCGAGAACCCGAGCCGUGGGACCCGAGCGAAGGCAGCGCCGAGGCCGCCGUGCCCCGCCGGGCCCCCCCAGCCGCCGCCAUGGGCAUCAAAUUUUUAGAAGUUAUCAAACCUUUCUGUGCAGUUCUACCAGAAAUUCAGAAACCUGAAAGGAAAAUCCAGUUUAGAGAGAAGGUACUAUGGACUGCCAUAACUCUCUUCAUUUUCUUAGUAUGUUGUCAGAUACCACUAUUUGGAAUCAUGUCAUCAGAUUCUGCAGAUCCUUUCUACUGGAUGAGAGUUAUUCUUGCAUCCAACAGAGGAACUUUAAUGGAAUUGGGUAUCUCCCCAAUUGUAACAUCUGGUUUGAUUAUGCAGUUGUUAGCUGGAGCCAAAAUCAUUGAAGUUGGAGACACACCUAAAGAUAGAGCUCUAUUCAAUGGAGCCCAGAAACUAUUUGGUAUGAUCAUUACCAUUGGGCAAGCCAUUGUGUAUGUCAUGACGGGCAUGUAUGGGGAUCCUGCUGAAAUGGGUGCUGGCAUCUGUCUCCUUAUCAUUAUUCAGUUGUUUGUUGCUGGUUUGAUUGUGCUGCUGUUAGAUGAGCUGCUACAGAAGGGUUACGGCUUGGGGUCUGGUAUUUCCCUCUUUAUUGCCACCAACAUCUGUGAAACCAUUGUCUGGAAGGCCUUUAGUCCCACUACUAUUAACACUGGCAGAGGUACUGAGUUUGAGGGUGCAGUCAUAGCGCUUUUUCACUUACUGGCCACCAGGACAGACAAGGUCCGUGCUUUAAGGGAGGCUUUCUAUCGUCAGAACUUACCCAAUCUCAUGAACCUCAUUGCUACGGUUUUUGUGUUUGCCGUUGUUAUAUAUUUUCAGGGAUUUCGUGUUGACUUGCCCAUCAAGUCGGCCCGGUAUCGAGGACAGUACAGUAGCUAUCCCAUCAAGCUCUUCUACACCUCGAACAUUCCCAUUAUUCUCCAGUCGGCCUUAGUGUCAAACCUGUAUGUUAUUUCCCAGAUGCUGUCUGUUCGAUUUAGUGGCAACUUUUUAGUAAAUUUACUAGGACAGUGGGCUGAUGUCAGUGGGGGAGGACCUGCUCGUUCUUACCCGGUGGGAGGCCUUUGUUACUAUCUUUCUCCUCCCGAGUCCAUGGGCGCCAUAUUUGAGGAUCCUGUCCAUGUGGUUGUUUAUAUCAUCUUCAUGUUGGGAUCAUGUGCAUUCUUUUCUAAGACAUGGAUAGAGGUGUCUGGUUCCUCAGCCAAAGAUGUAGCUAAGCAGCUUAAAGAACAGCAAAUGGUAAUGAGGGGCCACAGAGAUACCUCUAUGGUUCAUGAGCUUAAUAGUUUGUGUUCACGUGCUCACUGGCCCAUUUGUGAAAUGGGCGCCGAGCUGAGCCUGUGUGCAGCACGAGUACCGGCUGCCUUAAAACUAAAGUUUACAUUAUUCGUUCGGAAACGUCCGUGUAGUGUUGCCUGUGAUGCUGGAAAGCAGUGUAGCUGCCGUGCCCUGCUCACUUGUGGCGGCCAGACGGUGGUGUGGAUCAGUUUUGCACACAACGUUCAGAACACUCACUCUUCCCCCCACUUGGUUCAAAAUAAAUGUAGUUCAAAUUGCCACUUUCCAGUAUUUUUGAGCUUAUUUAAUGAGUUCUGGAACAUUUGUAUCUAAUCUGUAUUUUAGAUAUAAUUAACUUUUUAUACUUUUUUAACUCCUCGUAUCCACGGUCCCACCCUCCCGCUCCGCCCCCCCCCCCCCGACUUGUCCCCUCUCAGAGCUGCCCCUCAGCCCACAUGGGCCACGUGGGGCUUCAGUUCCAGCGGGUCCUAGAAACCCCUGCUUGUAAUUACUCCUCCUGGUUUUCAUUCCUUUCUUCCCAGUGACAGCAGUCGGUGCUGUUUUACUGUAUUGGCUAUGCCUUCGAAUUCCAACACAUCACUUGAGAAUACUCUUUGCAGAUACAAUGCCCCAGCUCUGAUCUUUUUUUUUAAAUCCCUAAAGCAAAGCUCUGAUUCUCACGCAAUGUCUGUGGUUCAGUGGGGGUGAACGAUGGGUAAUUCAUGCUAGGAAUUUGUGUACGUUGUUGUACGUGACAGCAGCAACAUGGGUGUAAACAGUAGAAAAUAAAACUUUAUUUAAUAAAA